AUGAGAGCGAUGGUCAACCUGGGGGGAGAGGUGUUUGUGCAGGCAGACGUCCCGGACACGUCAUACAUAUUUGUGUCAGUGGGCCUGGGCUUCCACGUGGAGUUCACCCGCCUUGAAGCCAAGGAGUUUGCCGCCUCUAAGAUUGAGCACUUGAGAAAGCAAGUUGCACGGCACACGGAGAGAAUAUCAUCCAUUAAAGCCCACAUCAAGCUGGUGGUUGAGGGGAUUCGAGAGCUUCUCAACAUAUCAGCUGAAGACCCGUGA